GCUCCGUGCCAUUCUGAGCCCAACCCACUGAACUGCCUGCAGCGCCACUUCACUCGUGUCACUUUCUCUUCAUCUGAGUACAAAUCGCUGCGGGGCUCUGGAGUAAAAUCACAACUUUACUUGGACCAUGGACGAUUUUUCGCUUGCGGACGCCUUAGUGGAGGACACCCCGGGCAAAGCCUCCAAAGUCAGCAACACCCACCCUGCUGCCCCAGCCAACCCAGCAGCCCCGGCCAACCCAGCAUGGCCCAGCUCUGCCCCCUGGAGCAAUCCCCCCGGAGCUCCACAGUUCCCACCCUCCUCUGGGCCUUCUGCCCCUAGCCAGCCCUCCGCCCCAGGGCAGUACCCAGCAGGGGGGGGCCCUGGACAGUAUCCGCCAGGUGGGGUCCCUGGACAAUAUCCUGGUGGCCCUCCUGGUCCAGGACAGUUUCCUGCAGCAGGGGGCCCUGGACAGUUUCCUGGUGCCCCAUCAGCUCCAGGACAGUUUCCAGCAGGUCCUGGGGCCCCUGGACAGUUUCCAGCAGGCCCUGGGGCCCCUGGACAGUUUCCUGGUGCCCCGUCAGGUCCAGGACAGUUCCCUGGGGCCCCUGGACAGUUUCCUGGUGCCCCAUCAGGUCCAGGACAGUUCCCUGCGGGCCCUGGGGCCCCUGGACAGUUUCCCUACCCCAGCCCUGGUGGACAGGCCCCUGGAGGCUUCCCUCCUUCCUCUGGCCCCUUCGCUGGGGGCCCAUUCCAAACACCCAGCGGCCCAUUUGGACCCCCACCCGGUACCUGGGGUCCCCCUGCCUCCCAGCCAUUCCCCCCUGGCCCCCACCCCGCCCAGCCUGGCUCGUUUGGACCGGGCCCUGCGGGCCCCUGGGGGUCAUUCCCCGCCCCUUCCGGGCCAUCCUCGAAUUUCGGGGGCCCUGCUGCACCGACCGUCCCUCCCUCUGGACCGGCAGGAGCUCUGCCAGUGCCUUAUGAGCUCCCCCUACAGGCUGGGUUAAUGCCUCGACUGCUGAUCACCAUCGCUGGAGAGACCACUAAGAACCCAGUCAGAUUCCACUUUGAUUUUUUGCGAGGCACAGACUCCGUGUUCCACUUCAACCCCCGGUUCGAUGAGAAAGCAGUGGUGCGGAACGCCUGUCUGCACGGGCGCUGGGGGGCCGAGGAGAGGCAGGGGGGCUUCCCCUUCCUCCCCGGGAAGCAGUUCGAGAUCAAGGUCCUGUGUGAGGAGGCGAUGUUCAAGGUGGCGGUGAAUGGACUUCACCUGCUGGAGUUCCGGCACCGCUUCAAAGCCCUGAACGAGGUCACGCUGCUGCGAGUCCAAGGAGACAUCCAGCUGUCCAUGGUGGCGCCCAGCAUGGUCUCGUUCUUUUUCUUCUGUUUCAGGAACACUCCAAUAAAAAUGAGCGACGGACUGAACCUGUCGGACGCCCUGUUCGGUGACUCCGCUUCCAGCGCCCCAACAGUGAGCAACCCGGCUGGUCCCUGGAAUCCAAAUAUGGGUUACGGCAACGUUCUCCCAGGAUUCCCUGCAGCGGGGGGGCAGCAACCGCAGCCUGCCAUGAUGAACCAGCUCCCUGUACCCUUCAAUAUGCCGCUCCAGGUGGGGGUGCACGACAAGCUGCUGUUCACUAUUGUGGGGACCGUCAAGCCCAAACCCAACAGAUUUACGAUUGACUUCAAGAGGGGCAACGACAUUGCCUUCCACUGUAACCCCCGCUUCAACGAUGAAGGGAAGAAGGUGGUUGUGUUGAACAGCUUGGUGAACGGGUGCUGGGGCCGCGAGGAGAGGCAGCUCACCCAGUUCCCCUUCGUCGAGGGGCAGCCAUUUGAGAUCGCAAUCCUGGUCACUGGGGGUCAGUUCAAAAUGGCGGUCAAUCGGGCUCACCUGCUGGAGUUCAACCACAGGGUGAAGCAGCUGAACGAGAUUACCAUGCUGAGCAUCUCCGGGGACGUGUUGCUGAGCUCGGUCAUGCCCAGCAUCCUGCCCUAGCUAUAUAUAAUAUACAAUGUGUGUGUUAUCUGGUAUCAUUCUGGGUUCAAUAAAACCCCAAGGAGUCUGAAUGUUGUUGUCAUGUAGGUCUGGUUAAUAGAUCAUUAUUGAUUCGAUGCAUUAUUUAGGGUACUGUUUGUGUUUACUUCGAAGGCUGUAUCGGUUAGCUCUGUAAUUGUAAUGAGUUUGUAUGGGCAUGUUUUUAUAUCUGUGUAAAAAGCAGCCUGUUAAAUAAACCUCAUGAGUUGGGUGGUUGGA